AAAUCAAGAGUCCCCAAAAGCCACUACGCAGUUGCUUGGUCCCAACAGCUCAAUUGUUGUCAGGUUGUCAGUCAGGGCAAUGGGGCUUUUGGGGUUUCUUCUAGUUGUAUUGCUCUCAGUCCUCAACUUUGUUCACGGUUUUCCAAGGAAUCAUGCCCCUCAUGGAUACCUUGGACCCUGGAUCAACGCUCAUGCCACUUUCUAUGGAGGUGGUGAUGCUUCUGGAACAAUGGGUGGAGCUUGUGGCUAUGGAAAUCUAUAUAGCCAAGGUUAUGGUAUUAACACAGCAGCAUUGAGCACUGCAUUGUUCGACAAUGGCUUGAGCUGUGGCGCCUGCUUUGAGCUCAGGUGUGUCAAUGACCCACAAUGGUGCUUGCCCGGCUCCAUUGUGGUCACAGCCACCAAUUUCUGCCCUCCAGGAGGCUGGUGUGACCCUCCUAAUCACCACUUCGAUCUCUCUCAGCCUAUUUUCCAACACAUUGCCCAAUACAGAGCUGGUAUUGUUCCAGUAAUUUACAGAAGGGUGAGGUGCAGGAGAAGUGGGGGUAUCAGGUUCACAAUUAAUGGACAUUCCUACUUCAAUUUAGUACUGAUCACCAAUGUUGGAGGUGCUGGUGAUGUUCAUUCUGUAUCCAUUAAGGGUUCAAGGACCAGAUGGCAGCCAAUGUCAAGAAACUGGGGCCAGAACUGGCAGAGCAAUUCUUAUCUUAAUGGUCAAAGCCUCUCUUUUCUUGUUACAACCAGUGAUGGCCGCAGUGUUGUCUCUUACAAUGUUGCUCCAGCCGGUUGGUCCUUUGGACAGACUUACGCUGGAGGGCAGUUUAGGUUUUAAGUUUCAACAACCCCUAAGCAUACUAUAACUGCCGUUGCUAUAGUUUAAGAUAUUUUGUCUGAACAAAGACUAAUGUGAGUUACAAAAGAAUACUAUAUAGUAGAAUAGUAUGAGGGUGAAUCUUGGGUCAAGAUUGAUUUUUAAAGAGCCCUUUCCUGUGUAGUAUUAUUGUGAGUUUUUGCAGUUCUAUUGGCUUUGAAUUGAAGCCUGGGGGUAACUGCUGUGGAAGAGAGAGAGAGAGAAAGAGAGAGGGAGAGAGAGAGGUACAGUAUUUAGAGGCAUAUUAUUAGUGAGAUUCUGCCUAAAGGGCAUUCUUACUAUCCAGCUACUGCUACAUCAAAUGAUGAAUAGCAGGUGUUUUUUCAGGCCAAAAGGCACUUUUGCUUGCUUGUGAGAAGCCACUGUCUUUCUUGUUGUGCACUUUGAACAAUUAUCCAAAAUUAAAAGAUUCAGCAA